CAUGGCUCUAUUAACACUUUCUCUCAUUAUUUUAUCAAUUGGAAGCUGUUUAAGUGCAAAUUGUAUUUGUGUCCCGUUUUGGAAAUGCAACGACGAGAACUUUUCCACCGAAGAUUUAGACUUGGUCGGGUUCAGGAGCGGUUGCGAGAGCUACUUCGACGUCUGUUGCACGAUAAAGUGCGGCUUGAGAAAAAGCGAAAUCGUGAUUUUCGAGGGAACGAUACGAAACCGCAUUUUGGGUCCUGAAAACUCUGCAAAUUUUGGCGAGUUUCCUUGGAUGUUGGGCGUCCUGUCCGGCAGGACUUAUCGCUGUGGAGCCUCUUUGAUUCACCCCAAAGUGGCACUAACUGCCGCUCAUUGCGUCCACUCGAACGGUUUUUACAAAGUACGAGCAGGCGAAUGGGAUUGGAACAGUCGCAAGGAGCCCUUAAAACACCAGGACCGUUUAGCCAAAAAGAUCAUAAUCCAUCCUGGAUACGAUCCUAAUUCCCUCAUCAACGACAUCGCCUUGAUUAUUCUCGACCGGGAUUUCCAACUGUCGGAAAAUGUGGGCGUUGUGUGUUUGCCGCCGCACAAUUCGGAGCCUUUGCAAGAGGAGUGUGUUGUUAGUGGUUGGGGGAAGACACAUAAAAGUGGGAAGCAUCAGACGGUUUUGAAUAAGGCCGUGUUCCCGAUUGUGCCGAAUAGUAGGUGUGAGACGGCCCUGCAGAGGGCGCAUUUGGGUCCCUUGUUUCGGUUACAUUCGAGUUUCAUGUGCGCUGGAGGGAAGGAGAAGGACACGUGUAAGGGCGAUGGGGGAAGUCCCCUGGUGUGUGGGGUGCAAGGUGAAGAGGAGAGGUAUGAACAGUUUGGGAUUGUGUCCUGGGGGCUUGUUUGUGGGACUACGGACAGUCCUGGAGUUUAUGUCAGUGUGGCCCAGUUUGUUGCCUGGAUUGACCAACAAGUCCUGAAUGAAAAUCUGGAUAACCAGAUUUACAAAUAUUGAUAAACUGGAAUGAUUUGUAAAGCCGUACUAUUUUUAUGUUUAGCUUGGAAAUAAAACACGAU